GAUGAUGAUGAUGAUGAUGACGAUGACGAUGAUGACGAUGAUGACUGUCCUCCUGACUGAGUCGUCUGCCUUAGCUUCAGGGACGGAGCGGGCCUCUCCAUGCCCACCGCGGUGGCUGCUGCUGGGGAGGAGGUGCUACGCUCUCCACCCCGUGUGGAGCUCCUGGACCAACGCUGAAUUGAUGUGCUCUCAGAGCGGAGGUAGCCUGGCAUCGCUUCACACACAAGAGGAGGUGGUGUUUGUGCGUCAGCUGUCAGUCACACACGCUCAGGUGUGGCUGGGUGGAGGUCAACAGAUGAAUGGCUCUUGGUUUUGGAGCGAUGGCUCCUCCUUCAGGAUCAGCGGUUGGACCAAUCAGAGGCAGGGAAAGGCCAGAGAGGGCGGGGCUUGCAUGGCAAUGACACCAAAAAGUGGAGAGCUGAGCAGCGCCCCCUGUGGUGAGCUUAGGUUUUACAUCUGCUCCACCAGAGCCAGGAAACCAGUCAAUCCACGCAUCGUCCCUGGUGGGAGCCUGUUUGACGUGGUGUGGGGUUACAGCGCCAACCUGGCGGAGGAGAUCCUCCACUCGUCCUCCUUCCUCCGACAGCUCCGCUCCGGCAAUCUGACGCGGCGCUGCUACGACAGCUUCCUCCAGCAGGAGGCGCUCUACCUGCACCGAGUCAGCAGCACGCUGGAGGUCCUGAUUGGUAGUUUACAGGAAGCGGACGACGUGACGUCACUGCUGCUGGACACACUGAAGCGCUACAGCAGAAACCAGGAGAGCCUCCUCCUGCCUCCUCCCCCCCCCCAGUGGCUCCAGUCCUCCCUCCUGUCCUUCCACCAGGUGGUCCUAGAGGAGCCGGUCUACUGGCUGGUGGCUCUGUCGGCCCGGCCCGUCCUCCGUCACUUCCUGUCCCAGGAGCUGGUCUCGAGGUCAGAGGUCACGGCCGGCCACCUCCGGGAGUGGAGCGAAGACACCCUGACGGAGGUCACCUGGAUGCACAGGUACAGGAAGCUGGUGGAGGAGCGUCAGGGUCACAUGGACGUGUUCCAGGCCGUCAACGUCUUCAGAGAUCACAUGACCAACCAGAGGAGCCUCCACAGGGCGGUAACCUGUGAUGAAGAGGAUGCUACAUGAUGAAGAGGAGGAGAGAAGUUUCUUCCAGAUAAAAGCACUGAGACCGGAUCGACUCCUCGGAUUGUUUUGUCUGCGCUGAGAGUUUAAAUAAAGUUUUUGUUGAUCACUAACUAUUGUU